AGUAACCCCAGCGCCAUCAUGGCAUACGACGUGCCUCAGCCAGGCUCGCUGAAGCGCAAAAGGCGGCGCAGGGAGGACAAGCCGGCCAUAUCGGCCAAGCUGUAUCUGGACAGCAGCUUGAAGGGCGAGGUGGGAGUGCUGUCGAGCGACCUGGAGCACGACUUGUUUCCCAGCGCUGGCUCGUCCGAAGGCCAUGUCAAAGAGAAGACCUACCACGCCGCCUUCACGCCUUGGACCCCCAACCCCUCGCCCACCGAGUCAAGCUGGUCCCUUCUGCCUGUCCGAGGCCAAGCGCAGAACGAGAAGCCUCUGCCCCCGUCCACAGUGCGCUUCCCUGCCGCUGCGCAUGCCACGCAGAGCUUGGUGAGAAUUGUGCACGCUCUCUACCCGACCAAGACCCUCCGGCAGAACUCUACACUUGAAGUCAGCAUCAGCGAUGUCGUCCCUCUCCCACUCGACACCAUAUUUGUCUCCGUCGACACAGAAGCGUUGCAGAAGCUGGAAGAUGUGAACAAACGCUACGGAAGUGGCUUGAGCACUACGCCUGCUCAGUCCGCGCGAAAGGCCGGGAAGCGUGCUUUGCCUAGUCCUACUGAAGAAGCACCAGGAGUGCAUGCAGACAGCAAGAGCAAAGCGUUGGUGAGUGAGGCUUUAGCGCAUGUGCAGAUAGUGCAUGCCGAAGAUGUGCUUCCUUUGUCCUUGGUGCAUCCCGUCACACAUACGCCUGCGCCGCCCGCCAAGGUGCUCUCAUGUGAGCCAGUCUCCCAAGGCGUUGUGGCUGCUACGACGAAUAUCGUGAUAGUCCCUGCAUCGGACAAGCGAGCCACCCUGUUCAAUAGCAAGGCUCUUCUCAGCCCCAGGCUAGACGAAGACUCUGGAGAAGAAGAUACUGCCAACGAGCAGUUCUUCUCGGCUACUGAAGAAAACUCCCCUGCCAAACCCAUUGUGGUCUCCAAGUCUGCCACGGAUAUGUCCAAUUCGGAAGAUCUGUUCGACUCCAGUGCUGAAGAGAGUAAUUUGUCAGACGGCUCUGACGAUAUGAUCUCUCUCGCCAAGCCCGGGCUGGCCGAUGCACCAUCAGGCCUGAGCUCCGCCCUUACUUCUGCCACACCUCGGCCGUUUGGCGCUCACGCCCGUGGCAUCAGCACUCCCGGAUCCGUCUUUUCUAACAUGACCUCCACUACCAUACGUGGAGGUCAUUCGGUCCGAAGCAAAGUCUUUCGAGCCCAAGGUCUCCUGGAGCGUAUACCAAACGAGCUCCUUCAUCCCAAGCCCGCCUCGGAUGAAGACGAAGAGGCACGCGUGUACGUCGAUGCCACUGCUUUGACUCGCUUGGGCUGCUUCUCCGGUGAUUGGGUGAAGAUCGAGGCCGCAGGGAGUCAUUUGUUGCCUAAUUUCAGCGCCUUUGGCGCACAAGACGGUGUGCACUCUCGCCAGUCUCGGCCUGUCAAGGUCUACACUCUGCCUGAGAGCAUGUCAAAGCGGCCCCAACGAUAUCAGGUAAACAAUGGCCGAUAUGGGCGACGAGACAGCAUAUCGUCCCUUGUCACGAAUUCUUCGGCUGCUGCGACCAUCUAUCUCUCUCCAAUACUGCUUGUCAAUCUGGGGGAGCCAACCAAUAUUAACAUGAUGUCUAUACCAUCGGUCAAGAAGACUAACCUGAAACGACCGAUCACCCCUAGACCGACCUCGGUGUCUGCAAGAGCACCUCCUACAGCUUCUGAAGUUACGCUCCGCAAGAUUGUCACGCCAAUAUCUACAGAGAGGAUUCUGAUCAACACCUUGUACGCCAACCUGAAACAGUACUUUGAAGACAGGCAGCGGAUCGUCAAGCCCGGCGAUGUUAUCGCCAUCCCUGUUGAUGAGUCGCUAGGCAGGUCCAUUUACGAAGGUGAUUUAGAGCAAGAUGGCACCUCUGCCGGUGCCAUUCUGUCUCAGAUUGGGCCUCAUCGUGAAGAGCAGACAGUGCGUAGCGCCAGGAAUGUUGCUUGGUUUACUAUCGAAGAUGUCAGUGUGCCACCUUCAGAAGAUAGCAACGAAUUGGACGGGGACAUAUGGGGCAAUGUCGCUUCAAUUGACCCAUCCAAAAUGACGAUGCGUCAAUCGGGAGACGAAAGGCGCAAGUUACCAUCUGCUACAAGCAAUGCGUGGCAGUAUUACCUGGGAAUGCGAAAAGUGCAAGCGAAAACCACUUCAGGCUCCAGGCUACCUGAACCAAGUCAGCCCUAUGUUUCACCUCUGCAGCGAAGACUACGCGAGCUGAUUUCUGUGUCGAUUAGCCCGAGGGCAGUGCACCUAGGAAUGCCUCCUCUGACUGUCCUGAUAACUUCCACUCAGCGCAACAUUGGAAAGGCACGCACUGUGCAACGAGCGUGUGCAGACAUCGGUAUACACUAUUUCCAUAUCGAUGCUCACGACAUCGCUUCGGAAGGCGGCGCUGGGAUUGAUACUCAUGCCCAGGGGUUACUCGAAGCACGAUGCGAGCGAGCGCUCGAAUGUGGUCCAGAGUAUACAGCGAUCUGCAUCACUCAUCUGGAGGUCAUCGGUGCAGAUAGGGCAGCAGCUUCACUUAAAGCGGUAUUGGAGACUUGCCGAGUGCUGAUUGCAACUACCACCGAUAUCGAUAAACGAGAAGGCAUACUGAGAGACGCUAUUGCAGAAUCUGGUGUCCCUCUGGCUACAGAGGUCGAUCUUGGCUCAAUCGCAAUCAAAACCGCAGCACUUGUCGCCGGAGACUUGGUCGAUGUGGUUGAUCGUGCAUUCGUAGCAAAGGCCGAGCGCCUGGAAUCGCUUGCACGGUCUAAAUCUGAAGCUGCACACGAAACUGUCACAAUUAAGGACAUUCAAAUUUCAGGAGGUGCCGGUGCCACCUCCGUCACGCCAGCCGACUUUGAUGCAGCAGUGGACCUCGCUCGCAAGAACUUUGCAGAUUCCAUCGGAGCCCCGAAGAUCCCAAAUGUGCAAUGGUCCGAUGUUGGAGGUCUAACAAAUGUCAAAGACGCCGUGAUCGAGACCAUCCAGCUUCCAUUGUCCAGGCCUGAGCUCUUUGCUAAGGGCUUGAAGAAGCGGUCCGGAAUCCUGUUCUAUGGACCUCCAGGAACUGGAAAGACCCUGCUUGCGAAGGCCAUAGCUACCGAAUUCAGUUUGAACUUCUUCUCAGUAAAAGGGCCCGAAUUGCUUAACAUGUACAUUGGAGAAUCAGAGGCCAACGUCAGGCGUGUCUUCCAAAGAGCAAGAGACGCUCGUCCGUGCGUAGUCUUCUUCGAUGAGCUAGACUCCGUUGCGCCCAAACGUGGCAACCAGGGUGACAGUGGCGGUGUGAUGGACAGAAUCGUCUCCCAACUCCUGGCUGAGCUUGACGGAAUGAGUGAUGGGGAUGAGAAUGGCGGUGGAGUCUUCGUGAUUGGAGCGACAAAUCGACCAGAUUUGCUCGAUCAAGCUUUAUUACGUCCUGGCCGUUUUGACAAAAUGCUCUACCUCAGCAUUAGUGACACUCAUGCGAAGCAAGCGGCCAUUUUGGAAGCAUUGACCAGAAAAUUCACGCUUGACCCUUCUGUAUCUCUUGCUCGCGUAGCAGAGACGCUGCCAUUCACCUUCACUGGUGCUGACUUGUAUGCACUCUGCUCGGAUGCCAUGCUGAAGGCUGUCACUCGAUCUGCACGACAGGUCGAUGCACGCGUGCACCAUAUCAACGAAGAGCGCGCUUCCCGCGAACAGGCCCAGAUCUCUGUGGCCUACUACUUUGAUCACUAUGACUCUGAAAAUGACACCCAAGUCAUGGUCACCGAGGAGGACUUCGUUCGAGCCAAGGAAGAUUUGGUGCCUAGUGUCAGUGUGGACGAACUACGUCACUAUGAACGUGUACGUGCGAGCUUUGAAGGCGCCACGAAGAAGAAGCCAGAGACUGAAGACGCACAACCCAUGUCUUCAUCAAAUGGCUCCGACCGGAAUGGACAAGGGUUCGCUCCCGACGAAGACGAUUUUGUUAUCAGAACAGAUCAGCUGUCACUGAUCAAUAAUAAUUCAGGGCGGCCGCCAUCUGGCAAGGGGAAAGGCAAGGGAAAGUCUCAUGAUAUCAACGCAAGUAAUCAGCUUCCGUCUGGGCCUGGGCCUGUCAACGGUCAGACUGGCGAAGAUUUGUACGACUGA